AUGUCUGCGUCGGUGCUGCUGCUCAAGGCAGCAGAUGAAAAGUACAGGGCCGCUAUAGAACAGGACCCAGAACCGGGAUGUUCUCGACGGCUAUUGGAGGCAUACUUCACAGAUGUGUUGACGUUCGAGUACCUCAAUGCCGAGCUGCUACUUGACGUGUUGACUCACCUCGAUCGAUACUGCGGAAUCAUGAUCACUAGCCCACGCAGCGCAAUUGCUGUGUGUAACGUAGUCAACACGUUGGACGCGGAGCUGAAGCUGCAGAUACUGGACAAACUGCGAGCUAAGCCUGUGUUCUCUGUGGGUGAAGCCACGUCACGUGAGCUGCUGCCGCUUGGAGUGGUGUGCAAGGGCGACGACGCCGGCUCGGCCGAUUUGCUGUCUGCGUACUUACACCAAGACGGCAUCUUACCUGCAGAUUGCAAGGAGAAGCCAAUGCUGUUUCUUUGUGGCGACAAACGCCGCGAUGUUCUCCCCGACAGCUUCCGUUCGCGCGGUCUUCCGAUGGAAGAGCUGGUGGUGUAUCAAACAUGCGCUGUGCAGACACUUGAGCUCCCUGCAGAGUGCAUGGUGCCGAGCUGGAUCGUAUUCUUCAGUCCGAGCGGACUGAAAGUAAUCAAGGAGCUAGCUUUGCCUUGGGAGUCUAUUCGCAAGGCAGCGAUCGGAAAGACAACAGCUGCAGCCCUGCACGAGCACGCAUUAGCUACAGGACAAACAUUCUGGGAAGCAGACGUAACUGCGCCCAAGCCCAAGCCCGACUCUCUCGCCGGCGCCAUCUUUGCCUUCGAAGAAGAAUACAAGCAGUGA